AUGGCGGACCACUUCCUGGAGGCGCAGAGCCAGCCUAAUCUGGCCGAUUUCAGGAGGGAGGCAAAAGUAGCCUUAGAUGCCCUGAAGGAAGAUGCGCAGGGCAGCAAACCCGCUCCAAAGAAAAAAUGUUUCUUGUGUGAUGGGAUUUUAAACGGAAAAGCAGUAAAGGUGUUGAGAGACACCGGGAGUAACACCGUGAUAGUGCGCCGGGAACUCGUCGCAUCUGAAGAUUUUACUGGCAAAGUCAGUCCCGUAUUUUUAGUGGACGGGACGUGUCUGAUGUUGCCAGAGGCAAACAUUCGCCUUGCGUCGCCGUUCCUAACGGGACAGGUAACUGUCAAGUGUAUGGACCAUCCUCUGUAUGACGUCAUUGUGGGAAAUAUUCAUGGAGCGAAAGACUCGACCGAACAAACCCUGAAGGAGGUGCCUGACGCGGAAAGUGAAUACGUCGCUGCCGUCGACGGUAGUAUGCCGAGUAGGCUAAACCAACUUAGUAACGGUGGGAGUGCCAGGGAACGGGGGGACCUGCGGCUCUCGCAGGGGGGUGACACCGAUGCCAAGGAGCGCUUGAAAAGCAGGUCAACCACUCACGAGCAGUACCUGGAGAAGGAUAAGCUGCUGCAGCAGGUCUUCGACAUGAAGAAGCCGGUGUACCCCAAGCCCCGCAGAGUGCUCUACCCGAGGCCGCGCCUCAAAAAGAGGGACCCUGAGGCCCAAACGGUGGUUUCGCCACUGGGCCCGACCGAUAACUACCCCGUGCCGGAGGUAGAUCCUCACGACAGCGUCCCGACCGAGUUCAUCAAGGGCUACAGCCUGGCAGGAGCCGACCCUUCCGUCUCGCCCGGAGAGCACACCAUAGAGCACGGAAAUGGAAAGGCCAAGGGGAAGUGUCAGGAUGGACGGCAGGAGUUCAUUGAAAGGCAAGUGGACUGGGAACAAAUGAUCAAGGAAAAAGACUUGCAGCUUGAGGAGCGAAGGCUCAAGCUCGACGAAGAGCGACUGGCCUUCGAGAGGACCAAGUUUGAAGCAGAGAUGGUGGUCAAGGUCAGAAGGCUAGACAUGGAGGAGAAGGAGCGCCGGAUACGCGACGGCACAGACAAGAUGCACCUGGAGCUCAUGAAGAAGAUGUUCGACGAACUGGUCCGGAAGGCACUGUGAUCGAGAACUGCCAGGAAAUUCUUCGUCGCGUAUGAAGUGCUUUGGUACGAUGGUGGGCAUUAUCACCGAGCGUUAAAAGAAGCGUAGUGGAUUCAAAUGAUUCUUCGUUACGAUUCAUUCAUUACGAUUGAGAGGAGCGCAAAGUAGAAUGAACUGUAAUAAUUUAUCGUUAGAAUUUGCUUUAGUAAUAUACCUCGGGUUAUGCAUAUUUGGGAGCGUAUUUGCAAGGCAAUUUGAGAACAUGUGGAGGCGUUAAAGCAGUUUUUUGAGAGAAUGCGACAAGCCGGUAUUACAGUAAACCCAUGAAGUGCGAAGUCGGUAUGAGGACAAUAACAUUCCUGGGUCAUGGUCUGGGUAAUAGAGUAGGUUCGUGUGCAUUUGUAUGGAA